AUGGAUGAUAAUAAAUUGAAUGAUGAUUUUUCUAAAUAUAUUGAUUAUAAGAAUAUUAAAGAUUCUUUAUCUAGGUUAUUAAAGGCUGCAUUUUUCACUACAAUUUCUAAAAGUUCUAUGUUAAAUAUGAAAUAUUAA